UCUAUCCAACCGUCACUUCGUCUGCGGCUCUGGUUCAGCCAUCUUGUGAAGCGUUUCGUUAUUGCUCGAAUCAUGUUGAAGUUAGCCGCAAUUGUAUCUUUAAUGCUCGUUGGUAGUUCGCUAUGGGCUGCGAGUAUUUCUUGUGACUCUUGUGGUAGCGAGUGUGCGUCUGCGUGCGGUACACGACAUUUCCGAUCCUGCUGCUUCAACUACCUGAGGAAGAAGCGAGGACCUGACUCCCUUAAGUUCCUGCCGCAUAAUUUCCACGACUGGACUGAUAAUCUGAAGCCGAGGUCUUUUGCCGUCGAUGACGUCCCUGAUAUAUGGAGCAUGAUGCCAGGGGAUUAUAAGCCGUAUCCCUAUGAAGAUAUGUUUGAAAAUAGACUGCAAGCGUACGAAACAUAAAUGGUCCUCUCCGGCUGCAAUAUAAUGUUCAAACUGUAUAUAGAGUUUAGUUAGAAAUGUAUAUUUUUGACUUUGUUAGUUCUUUUAAAAGACUUUGUAUCUUAAACGGCUGGAGAGCUGUGGCGUAGCUAUCGUAGGGCCAGGUGGUGCAGUGCACCA